UCAAUCUUUUAUUGCACAUCAAACAAUAGCAGAGUAAUCCCAUUGUUUCCAAGCAAUUCAAGCUAUAUUGCUCAAGAACGCAACAAAUAUGGCGCAACAAUCUUUCUUCUCGUUUUCAAUUCUCCUCCUCUUCCUGCACUGCACCAACGCUCAGUCACCUGCUGCUUCUCCAGUACAAGCACCGCCAGUAGCCCCUGUACAGGCACCGCCUGCACCCCCUGCACAGUCACCAUCCGGGGUACAAGUAGCUGCUUCACCUGGCCCCCUUGAUGUCGUUAAAAUUCUCGGGAAGGCAAGCCACUUCAGUGUGUUCGUCCGCCUAUUGAAAGCGACCCAAGUGGAUACAGAGUUAUUCUUGCAGCUUAACAAUACCAACAAUGGAGCAACCAUCUUCGCACCAAGUGAUGGCGCAUUUUCAGGCCUCAAAGUAGGUACUCUGAAUUCUCUAAGCGAUGGAGACAAGAUAGAGUUGGUGAAGUUUCAUAUAUUGCCUACUUUUAUAUCGACUUCCCAGUUCCAGACAGUAAGUAACCCCGUAAGGACACUGGCCGGAGCAGGCAACCGGUUUGCGCUUAAUGUGACCACCGGAGGGAAUUUAGUGAACAUAACAACAGGACUAACCAACACAACCAUUUCUGGCACUGUAUACACCGAUUCCCGGGUUGCGAUUUAUCAGGUUGAUAGGGUGCUACUUCCUCUGGACAUGUUCACACCUAAGCUUCCUGCUCAAGCUCCGUCGCCGGCAGUGGCACUGGCUCCAGAAAAGCCGAAGAAGGCUCCCAUUGUAGAGAGUCCUACCGUUCCUAAGGAUCUUUCUGGAGCAGUGAGUUCAUUUGUGCAGAAUAAUUGGGCCCUGCUCGCAGCUGGUACAGUUUCUGCAAUGCUUUCCUCGUGAUUAUGUGUAAAUUAAAGGGUUUUCACUAGUUAUGAUGCGGCUUUAAUUUGUGUUAUUAAAUGGUGUUGAUGAAGACAUGAGUUACAGAUUUUUCUUGUCUACGUUGGUGUAACAUGAAUUUUAAAAUAU